AUGUCGUCGUCCGCGCUGCCUCCCGCGCCGGCGCUGUCGCCCGCGCCCGCGCCCGCGCCCGCCGCCGCCGCCGUCGGCACGCGGCAGUCGCAGCCCCUCACCUACCUCGCCGCGCUGCUCGGCGCCUGCACCUCGGCCGUCGUCACCAAUCCCUUCGACAUCAUCAAGGUGCGCCAGCAGCUCUCGGCGUCGCGCGAGAUUCCGCGCCUCGCCAGCGUCGUCGCGGGCAUGUAUCGCGGCGAGGGCGUGCGCAGCUUCGGCAACGGCGUCACCGCGAGCGUCGUGCGCGAGGCGAGCUACGGCACGAUUCGCAUGGGCGGGUACGAUGUCGUCAAGACAUGGUAUGCGCCGCUCCUCGCAGACUUUCCCCUGCUGCAGAAGCUCGCAGCGGGCAUCACCUCGGGCGCCGUCGGCGCGCUGAUUGCCAGUCCGGCGGAUCUCGUCAAGGUCAAGAUGCAGGCUGUGCGGCCCGAGGGAAGACCACCUUACCCAAAUACCCUCGCCGCCUUCAUCGGCGUAUACCGCUCCGGCGGCGGAGGAACAGCAGGGAUAAAGGCCUUGUGGAGAGGCGUAGGACCGACUGUGUUGCGCGCCAGUAUUCUCACGAGUAGCCAGGUGGGAUGCUACGACGAAGUCAAGACGCGCUUGAAACGCAGUGGCGCAAGAGAAGGGCUUGGCCUGCACUUUUCCAGCAGCAUGGUCGCUGGCUUCAUAGCCUCGGCCACAUCGCAGCCGGUAGACGUGAUCAAGGUGCGCCUGAUGAACGACACGUCGGCGUCGGGCGUGCGCAGGUAUGCCAGCGCGGGGCAGUGCGUCGCCGAGCUGCUCAAGAACGAGGGGCCCCGCGCGUUCUACAAGGGCUUCGCCAUGUGCUGGCUCAGACUGGGAUGCCACAGCGUCGUGAGCUUGAUGCUCUUUGAGCGCUUCAGAGCCAUCUUUGGCCUCGCGCCAAUCUAGACCGUCCUUCAUCUGGCAAGCAAGAGAGAGGAGGCUGAGACAGAGGCGGAGAGUAGAAGGAUGCGUUGCAGAUGUUUCGCGUCACGAGAAAGACUGGGAGAAGGUGCGGGCAGACGCACGGGUAACGCGGACGAGGGGCAUACGUAU